AUGCCUAUCGGCUGGUACCUCGCCCAGGGUCUGCACCCGCUCGGCCCCUCCAGCAGCGACGACGAGGAGGGUCCCUGUGAGCUGCCCAAUGGCAAGAUUGUCUGCGGUUCGCACGGCCUCGUCACGUGUGGAAGAUGUUGCACGAGCUACGACUUCGGUGACAACGACGAAUUUGAGGAAGACAAGGAAGACGGCGUCGAGGGUGACGACGAGCUCUUUCCCAACACCUUGGCCCGUCUUCUCAGAGAGCGUGGGGUUAUCCCGAACCAGCUUGACGAGACCGACUCCGAGGCGCCACAUAUGCCAGACCGCUUCGGCCCCGAGAUGAGGAGAGGUACUGGCCGGGUGUUUCCUACGGUGUUCACUCCGCCCUCGGUUCACAUCACCCCGGCUGAGCUGUUCCACGGCAAAGCUACUUAUGCUCGAUUGACCAGGUAA